AUGACUAAUAGCACAAAUCAUACAGGAAAGGGAUCCUUUGGAGAAGUGUACAAGGGAUACGAGAAACGGACACAGAAGACGGUUGCAAUCAAGAUUAUUGAUUUGGAAAGCGCAGAAGACGAGAUCGAGGAUAUCCAGCAGGAGAUUUCCAUCCUCUCCCAACUUGACUCGCCCCACGUCACAAAGUAUCAUGGCUCGUUUCUCCAGGGUUCCAACCUAUGGAUUGUGAUGGAAUACUGUUCGGGCGGCUCCUGUUCAGAUCUGGUGAGUAGGAUCGCCCCAGUCGUCUCCAUUUGGCUGUAUGGCACGCGUUUACACCUCACCCAGAUGAAGCCCGGCGUCUUCAGAGAAGAAUACAUUGCUAUCAUUGUUCGAGAGCUGUUGAAAGGCUUGGAAUAUCUGCAUUCAGAGGGCAAACUUCAUCGCGAUAUCAAGGGUACGUUUGCUGGCACCCCCGAGCGUAAUCAAGUCCCUCAUGACAUAUUCCCAGCCGCCAAUAUUCUUCUUAGCGCCAAUGGCGAUGUCAAGCUUGCCGAUUUCGGCGUAUCUGGUCAGCUCAGUGGAACGCUCUCGGCCAAGAAGAAUACAUUUGUGGGCACACCGUACUGGAUGAGUCCAGAGGUCAUCAAGCAGUCUGGCUAUGAUCACAAGGCAGACAUUUGGAGCCUCGGCAUCACCGCUAUUGAGCUUGCCAAGGGGGAGCCACCGUAUGCCGAGCUGCAUCCAAUGAAGGUGCUCUUUCUCAUUCCGAAGAACCCACCUCCGGUCUUGGACGGCCCAUUCUCCAAACUAUUCAAAGAGUUUGUCGCCUUGUGCUUGCAAAGAGACCCCCGAGAUCGCCCAACUGCAAAAGAAUUGUUAAAACAUAAAUUUGUAAAGAUGGCAAAGAAAUCGAGCUAUCUCACCGAGUUGAUCGAAAGACACGACAAGUGGAAAGCAGAGACUGGCGGUCGACGAGAGGAACGAGAAGACGACAGGCGUCGCAAUCAUGUGGAAGAUUUCGAUGAUCCAGAGGACGACUGGGACUUUGGGACGAUGAGGCACGUCGGCAACACGGUCGGAAGAGCUGCAGCGCCGCCUCCUCCGAUCCGGGAGGAUGACAGAUAUUCUCCAGAUCUACCCGAAAUACCCGGUAGCAGGAACCCAUCCUCUGGUUCUGGUGGCGGUUCGACUGUGUACAACAAUGGAAACGGCUACCCCUCCUCGUCGACUAUCCAAACAGUAAAGCCAGAACAAGGAGCUCAUGCUGGCUCGCACCCUGCUGUCAAUGGUAAUGGGACGCCUAGCAACGUCAACAAAGCACUCCCAACGCCUGCCAAACAUGGCCGAUUUGAGAGUGAGGGGACGAUUCGACGAGUACAAGAGAGGGAUAGAGAUCGACGAGACCCAUCCUAUGGAUCCGACGGCUCCGAAGAGUUGAGCCUAGAGCUCGAACGUGCUCGAUUGGGAUCUCCGGAGCCAGAACCGAUGAAUAUGCUGGAGACGGUGAUGCUACCUGCCAUCGGCUCGUUGUUCCCGCGCGUUUCGACGGCAGAGGCGCGACUUGCACUUACCAACUUGCAGCGCGCCUUUAUCGAGGCGGAGAAGAUUAUCCCUGGAGUCACCAACGAGAUUGUAACGGAGAUUGCAGAUUCUGUGGAACAUGUACCAGAGGAAGAUAUGAGGUGA